AUGAAUCAAGGACGCAAUAAGGUGUACGGUCUUAGUUUCCCAACUAGAAAGCCUAAAAAUGAAAUAAAGGUUUCGUUAAAUGACGUCUUCAACGAGGAAUCCGAUAAAGAGGAAAACUACAAAGAACUUAAACCAGCCGAUUAUUCUCAAACGACUUGCAUAGCUCAGAAUAGGAUUAAUCGAAAGGUGAAAACAGAGUUAGAAAAAGCCUUCGAGGAAGACCCAUCAGUAUUCCAAUACGAUGAAUACUUAGACGAUAUACACGAUAAAAAAGCAGAGGAUAUUUCUAGAAAAACCGUCAAAACAUCCAAGUAUGUCGGCAGACUUAUAAAGGCAUCCAAUGAGCGCAAACUUGAGAGAGAGCUAUGUGUUGAACGGAAGGCUCAGAAGGAAAUUGAAGCAGAAUCUGAUCUGUGUAACAACAAGGAGUCAUUCGUUACCUCAGCGUACAAAAGUAAAUUAAGUGAACUUCGCGCACUCGUAGAAAAACGCAAGGAGGAAGAGGAAAGAGAGAAAGUUAUGGAUGUUUGCAAACAAGAUGGCUUAGGGGGAUUUUACCGGUUUAUGUUUGAUAAUCAAGAUAAAACAUCUGCGGGAUACUCAGAGGAAUGCCACCAUCGCACUACAAGCAAAGAAGAUUGUUUGGAAGCAGACUCUAACUCUGCAUCUACAAUUAAAAAACAAACUGUAAAAGAACAUACAAGGAAAAAGACCGAUGUUAUUAUAGAGCAGUAUGAUAAUAAUAAUAAUAAUAGUAACAAAAAUGUAUCAUCACCCUCACCAAAUAAAGCUUUUCCUAACUGUGAUGAUGAUGAUGAUGAUGUAACCGAAAGUGAUCGUAAAGAUGAUAAAACAAGAGCCUCUCAUCAAUCGAAGAAAGAUCUAAAUACUUAUUUGAAUAAAAAGAAUCAAAAAUUACCUGGAAUAAUAAUGGCACGUUUACGAGUAACUACUGAUGAAGAAUUAAUUGCUGCUCGUCAACGUUAUUUAGAUAGAAAAGCAGCUGGAAUACAUGCAGUUAUAGUUGAAUCAGAUUAA